AUGUGGGCAACUGGCGCCUUCCUCGCCGCUUUAUUGGCCGUUCCCGCAAACUGCAAAUAUAUUGUCCCUGGGGGUAGAUGGCACGACACAAACGGGUCAAUUAUUAACGCUCACGGAGCCGGAAUCACCUUCGAUCAAAAAUCUGGCCGAUUUUGGUGGUUCGGCGAACACAAAACAGAAGAUCAGCCAGAGGGCGGAGGCGUGUCUGUUUACAGUUCUGCCGAUUUGGGUACAUGGACAUGGGAAAGAUUGGCUUUGGCUCCGGUUGAGGGACAUCCUUACAUAUCGCCUGAGAAUAUAAUUCAGCGACCAAAAGUGGCCUACAGUACAAGUACUGAUAAUUAUCAUAUGUGGUGGCAUGCCGACAACUCCUCCUAUGGACUUCUCCUCCAAGGCCAUGCAGUAUCAUCCACGAUUGGGGGGCCAUACAAAUUUGUCGAUGCAACGGCACCUCUUGGUAAUUGGUCGCAGGAUUUUGGCAUGUUUACAGAUUACAAAAGCGAUCAAACAUAUGCUCUUUACUCUAAUGGAGACAGCGUGGAAGGCCGAGAUGUUUACAUCUCAACUUUUGACAAAAAUCUUACUUCCCUCGAAAAUUCUGUGUAUCGGUUCCCGAAGUUUGAUCUUGAAGCACCUACAAUCAUGCAAACGGAGAAGAGUUACUGGGCACUUAUGAGUCAUAAGACAGGUUACAGACCAAAUAAUGUUGUGGCAUUCCGAGCCGACUCGCUGAGUGGACCAUGGUCUCAACCGUUUAUUGUCUCUCCGUUAAACACUAGAACUUUCAACUCGCAGUCUGGUUUUACUCUUAGGAUAAAAGGAACCAAGAAGACGACUUAUCUCUAUAUCGGGGACCAAUGGGACUCAAACUCUGUCUGGGAUAGCCGCUACAUCUGGCUGCCCAUUGAGGUCAAUGAGAAGCAGAAGUCUCUGGAACUCAAUUGGCACGAUGUUUAUGAUCUUGAUGUUAAAACUGGUGAAUGGUCUCCUGUAAAGGGAAAGUCAUACAGCGUACAAAAUGCGAAAACUUCGGGGGGCGCAUAUAAGCAGGAAGCUAAUUUUGCUACUGAUGGUGUCAUUCUCACCGGAAUUUACGGAAACGUUAGCACCGUUACUUUUGAGAACAUUGAGGGGUCAGGGAAACCCCAAUGGGUAUCAUUUUAUUACCAAAGUAUGUCUUCUAUAUUGAUCUUACCUACCCAGAAUUUUUAUCUGAAGAUACCAGACAUAGAUGAUAUGGGAUUUGGUGAUCAACCCGGAGGAACGCCCGACAGAAUUGGCGGUUCAUGGCAGCUACGCCGUAUCAGCAGCGUUGUUGUUAAUGGAGAUGUGUCAAGCAUGCAAACACUAUACCAGAGAGAUACACACAAGGGAAUAAUUCUAUCGACACCCUUGCAGCUGACACUGAAGAAAGGGAAAGUAAACACCAUCACAGUUGGCGGUCUCUUUAAUGGAUUUGAUUAUAAAGGUGCAGAUUUGGAUCAGAUAGUGAUAUACCCUGCCGAGAAUUAG